AUGGGAAUCUGGUUUUCUAUCUCUACAUUAUCUUGCAAUUGGGAGACUCGUCCAGAGAACGGACUUGCUUAUUUAUUUGAAGAUGAGAAGAAAUUAACCUGGCCCAAGGCAGACGAACAAUGUAAAACUUUUGGUGGAAGUUUAGCGAUUCCACGGUUUAAUGAGGACCAGAACUUUAUUGUUAAUUACCUUCAAAAACAUAAUAAAACUGGCUAUUAUUACAUAGGAGGGAUGAAAUCCGACAGUGGGUUGUGGACGUGGAUAGAUGGGACCCCCAUAGGCCCCCCACUACAUUGGGGUCCAGGUGAGCCGAACAACAACUACAACGUCGGAAACAACGAAGAUUGCCUAGAACUUCGGAAAUAUGAAGGAAUAUUUCAGUGGAAUGACAUCCCAUGUUACAAUCUUAAUGGCUAUGUUUGUCAAUGUACGUAA